AUAACUUAGUGACUUGGCUUUCAGAUUUAAAAACACCGGGGGGAAAAUAUCUACACAAAAUGUUUUUUAAAAAAUUUCCAUUUCGAAAGAAAAGCGACACUCAAAUGGUUUCCUGUGAGGCUGUAUUUGCAUUUGAAUGGAUUUUCGGCAGGUUUGUGUCGGCUAAACUAUUGAGUAACGCAAUACAAUGUGGCACACUUCCUCAUAGAAGCGUUUAACGACCAUUUUCACUUUUCUAAACUUAUAUUAUUCUAUCAUGGAUGAUCAUAAAAAAUUAUAGGAGCAGAUUUUCAAUUGAUUUUAUGUUUCUACGUACUCUGUUAGCUUAAUGAAUAGUAAGCGAUCAAUGCUGUCGUUGGAAUUAUGCAAUAAACGGUAGUCAGUUGUGACGUCACUAUUUUUUGGUAGGUUUAACAGAUAAGACUUGCUUUCAACCGGCUUGAAAAACCGGUUCUUUUUGCUUUUCCAGAAAAACGAGCAUUAAAAAUGUUGUUAUCAACGAAAUCAAGAGUCGGUUCUCAAAAGAGAAAGAAAGCUCGUGUCGUUUGGGUUGAGUUUUUAGCUCGUGCGCUAGAAGAUUGUCACAAGGGCGACGAAAAACCAACAUCCCAUAUCGAAGAAUAUACUUGAAAUACGAAAUACACGUAUCAAGAUGAAAUCUUUGCUGGUAAAGAUUACAGAAAGGAACACAGACACGUAUUGGUCUUGGGUCGUGUGCUUCUCUUCAUUUUUCAUUCAAGUUCUUGUGAUAGGCUUACAGAACUCGUUCGGGACUAUAUUCGUUUCUUUGCUAGACAAAUUUGGCCGCAGUGAAUCCGCAACAGUAUGGGUUGGUACUACUGCUAUUGGCCUCACAUACUUCUGCGGCCCUCUGUCUACUUACCUCUGCAAGCGUUUUGGUUGUCGUAUAGUCGCCUGCACGGGUAGUGCCUUACUAGCGAUCUCUGGAUUCCUAACUUCUUUUGCAAACAGUAUAACAACGAUGUACUUUACAUUUGGUGUGCUGAAUGGCAUUGCUUCAAGCCUGCUAUUCUUCUCAUCACUUGGGGCUUUGAUAGAGUACUUUUACGUGUAUUUACCUUUAGCCAGCGGGAUUUCAGUGUCAGGUUCAGGAGUCGGUACACUGAUUAUUACACUUCUGCUUCAACAACUCCUCUCAAGAUACGGAGUAAAGGUUGCCUUCCAGAUCCUGGCAGGGAUGUCUGCUUUCUGCUUCUUAGCUGGUCUAUCUUAUGCACCUCUGAAGAGUUCUAAAGAAAGCAAUUUAAAAGAACCAAUCAACGACUUUCAUGAGAAGACUUUAAAGCAAAUAGACAGUAAUGACGGCAAGCAAAAUAUUAGGGGAUGUUUGAGAUUAUUCAAGUUAGGAAAGCAUUGGAAGAACAAGGGGUUUGUCGUCUGGACGAUUGCCAUGACUCUUAUUAUGUUUGUUUGCUAUAUCCCGCUGAUGUAUCUUGUACUAAUAGCAGAAGACAUAGGUGUGCCUCCCUCCAAGGGUGGGUYCUUGAUCAGCAUCUUUGCUAUCAGCUCGACAACGGGCAAGUUAUUAGUUGGAAAGCUAUCCAAUGUCAAAUGCGCAAAUCGUCUAUGGAUAGCACAGACUUCACUACUCCUGAUGGCCGUCUCGACGUGUCUUCUUCCCCUUGCCAAGUCCUACAGUGCUUUGGUUGCUUACUGUGUCGUGCAAGGAUUCUUCGAUGGCGGUUAUACAGUAUCAAUUGGUUUAAUAACUAAUGAUAUUGUUGGCAAGGAAUUGAUGGCCGGCGCUGUUGCCAGUGUUUACUCUGUUGUCUCGAUACCAAUGACCGUUGGACCAGUAGUAGCGGGUGUUCUUUAUGGCCAUCUUGGUGAUUACAAUGCUGUAUUCUUCCUUUCGGGGGGUCUACUACUCACUGGUAUGACUAUUAUGUUCCUCAUUCCUUGGCUGACUCCACCAACCCUAKCAAAACCCAACUUAGAACAGGAUCUCACUACAGUAAAAAGUAAAGCUUUUGGUAGCUUUGUCAAUGGAAAUCGAUACGACUUGUCGUGCGUCGAUGAAAAACAUAUGGCAAAUCUGUUGGACGAGAGUGUCGCGCAUCAUUUACUAAAGAGAAACAGAGCCUUUCUUGAUGGCAGCACUUCAGAUUCUCAACGAUCAAGCUUUGUUCUUUUCACAAUUGUCUCUGAGAACGAUCAGCGCGAUAUUUCAGCUUAUUCCAGUUUUCAAGACUUGGCGUUAUCAAAUACUGACACUGGACCUAAUUUCUCCAACUCAUUGAGAAAUUUUUUCCAUGGAUCUCACUCCAGCUUGUUCUCAACGAACCACAGUGUUAUAGAGGCUCCACAUCUAGAGUCUAUACCUGAAGUACUGUUUGAUUCACGUGCUUCAGAGACCUGUGUCCUUAUUCAUAACGAGGGGACCUUGGAAACAGUCCGGGAAUCUGAAGAGAAAGAAACAGUGAAGACGUUUGUUGAAGAAGAAGGCGAAAAGACGUCAAUAACUAAUAUCGACAUUGAGGUUACCGAUAGCUUGGAUAACUAUAAUCAUGAUUAUGAAGACAGUCGCACUAAGGAGACAGAUGUGUCUGACAAGGUUCCCCAUGAAGGGAUAGCCGAGGAAACAUUCGCAAGCAAUUUAAGCACCUCUGACUUGAGUUGUGACUCUAAUAAAAGCUCUUCUUCUCAGUUGUCGACUGGAACAGCUGACAGCGGAUUCGUUGAAGGGGAAAAUAACUUUUUAAACAAAAGAUCCGUUAGUAGCUCAAGCGACAGAUUAGUACGAAAGCCUUCGCUCUACAAAGACAUUCCUUUUCAUUCUUACAGCUGCACUGACGUCUCUCUUCUUUCGCAAGCAGAAGGAACUAACGCCAAAUUACACAAGACAAACCUGAGUCAAGAUUUGAUUGACAGGUGUCAAUCUGAGAUAGACGGCAUCGAUUCCUAUAGCUACAGCGAAACUUCCCUUUAAUCGGAAGAAAGUUAUAAUGGACUGAAUAAGCAAGGCAACGCAUCAAUCGAGUGUCACGAAUUUAUUGACAGCCACCUUGCUGAGGAAGACCAUUACGAUGACAUUGUUCUCAACCUUCAACCUGAAGCGCCAGAUGAACUCGCUAAUGAAGGAUGUGGAGAUCUAGACAUACAGAAAAAUAACGGCUGAUAUAGUUAACUUUAAUUCGUGCAUGUUGCGGAGAGCAGGGGGGAGGGGUGAUAGUGGUUUUAAAUAUUAUUACAACAAGUCCAAAUAUAGAAUUUUUGAAAUUGAAGAGGGUCAAGAAUAAUAUAUAAAAAAUAAUGAAUAAUUUUUUUACGCAAAUUAAAGGGAAAAAUUAAUUUUAAUGUUGAAAGAGAAAUAUAUAACAAUAUCAUGCGAUAAAAAAAUGAGUGAUAUGGUAGGCAAUAUUUGUAAUGCUAUUUAAAUAUAACCGUAUUUUUUGUAUAAUGAUAUCCAAAGUAUUAUAAUAUAUAAAAUAAUUAUUUUCUUUAAAACUGACGGAAAAUAUAUAUAAGAUUAUUUAUUUACUUGGCUAAUAUAAUGCGGAGGUAUUUAUAUAAUGAACGGUGAAGAGCCAUCUCAAAGAAAUAAUUUGAAUCAGAAGUUGUAAAACUAUAUGUGAUCAGUAUUUUUGUAAUAUUUAAAUUCAAAAAAUUAAUUUUGAUUUAAGAAGUAUAUGAAGUAUGCAAGUCUCGUUGCGUGUCUCUUAUGGUUUGCACUCUGCUAUUUAUAAAAAAGAAAUGCAAAARUUUUUAGUCAAAUGUUUGAUGUAUCAGAAGUUGUAAAGUAUAGGUGAUAUUUUUAUGAUAUUUUCUAUCAAAAGAGGAAAUUUUGAUUUAAGAAGUAUAUGAAGCAUGCAAAAGACUCGAUGCGUAUUGCAGAGUACUAAAUAUUAAGCUCUUGUGGUUUGAAUUUUGUGUUAUUUAUGAAGAAGAAAUGGUAAAGUUGUAAGUCAUAUGUUUAAUGUAAUAAAUAUGAAGUGUUUUAUUACA